CUUAAUUAAUAAUUCACACUUUUCCCCAUGAGAUUGUUGGUGCAAGGCACAUGAGUAGUAAGAAACCAAAAAAAAAAAAAAGAGAAAAUAGUGUUACGGUCUCUGUUGCUUUUGUUUGCUGCAGAACUUGAAUUGCAUUGAUCACUACCUUAUUCUCUUGAUGCUAGCUACUGCAGAUUGAAGAAAGGAGAAGAUUGUUCAUACAACUUGCGCUACGAUGCACUGAAAGUACUCAAAAUCAGAUUGGAGAAAAGGAGAAGAUUAUUCACAAGACUUGAGCAUUUGCUGAAAGCGGUUAUUUGUAAAUCUGUUGGAAAACAAGAUGGUGAGUUGCUUGGCUGAAUCGGGGAAGACAUAUGUGGAAAAAUUGAUAAAUAGGGUAACAGCAGAAUUACGUUUUGUAUUUUGCUUCACAUGCAUUGCUAAGGAAUUCGAAGAAAAAAAACCUGAGUUGGAAGCUGAAAGAAAAACUAUGGAGCAACGUGUUCAAGUAGCAGUAAGUGAAGGUAAAGUCAUUCGGGCUAAUGUUCUUCAUUGGAUAAAGAAAGUUGAUAAGCUGAUUCAAGAGAACACCAAAACAAAACAAACAUGUUUUUUUGGAUUUUGUCCUGAUUGCAUAGGGCGAUAUAAAAGGGGAAAGGAGUUGGUAAAUAUGACAGAGGAGAUUAAAUCGUCAAUAGAAAAGGGAGAAAUAUUUGAAAUUAUUGAUCUCCCUCAAUCUCUUCCAGGUUGUGGUUAUUAUUCAUUGGACUAUUACAUUCAAUUUAAAGGUAGAGAGUCAAAAUACAAAGAACUAUUGGAUGCACUAAAAGAUGACAACAACUAUAUGACCGGAUUGCAAGGGAUGGGGGGCACCGGAAAAACUACAUUGGCAAUAAAAGUCGGUAAAGAACUAGAGGAAUCUAAAAAAUUCGAUCAUGUCAUUGAUACAACAGUGUCAUUUACUCUUGAUAUAAAAAAGAUUCAAGAUGAUAUUGCUGGACCUCUAGGAUUGAAAUUCGAAGACUGUAAUAACUCAGACCGACCCAAAAUACUAAGGAGCAGAUUAACAAAUGGUGAGAAAAUUCUUCUUAUUCUGGAUGAUGUGUGGGAUCAAGACACCCCUCUUGAUUUUGAUAGAAUAGGAAUUCCAAAACGAGACAAUCACAAUGGUUGCAGAGUUCUCAUAACCACACGUAGUAAACGAAUACUCGAUACAAUGAAUUGUGAUAAGAAAAUUGAAUUGGAGAUCUUAUCUGAUGAAGAUGCAUGGAUCAUGUUCAAAAAUUAUGCCGGUAUAAACGAUAGUUUUUCAAAUAGUUUGACCAGUAAGGGACAAAAAAUUGCUCGCAAAUGCAAAGGAUUACCGGUUGCAAUUGCAGUAAUUGCCAGAAGUUUAAAGGGCCAACAACAUCGCAAGCAUGAGUGGGAUGCGACCUUGAAAUCCUUGAAGAAGCAUGUGUCCAUGCCUAAUGUUGAUGACGAUGUGGUUGGAAUUUAUAAAUGUUUGAAGUUUAGCUAUGAUUAUAUGAAGAAUAAAAAAGCCAAGGAAUUGCUCCUCUUAUCUUCUGUAUUCCCAGAAGACGAAAUAAUUUCUGUUGAAAUUCUAACUAGACUUGGCAUUGGAAUGGGCAUUUUUGGGGAGGAUUAUCGCAGCUACAAUGAUACCCGAAACGAAGUAGUUGUUGCCAAAAAUAAACUCAUAGAUUCUUGUUUGUUGUUGGAUGUCAUUGAUACCGAAAACAUAGAAAAUGUCAAAAUGCAUGAUUUAGUUCGUGAUGCGGCUCAAUGGAUAGCGAACAAAGAGAUUUGGGAUGUAAAUUUAUCUAUAAAAGAUCAAAAGUUAUUGGUUCAAAAAGAAAUAAAUAUUAAAUAUUUAUUUUGUAAAGGGAAGGACAUGGAUUUGUUUUGUUGUAAAUUUGAGUGCUCCAAACUUGAGACUCUAAUUGUUGACAUAGAUAGAGAUGAAGGCCAGGAAUGUAUGGGAGUCCCAAAUUCUUUCUUUGAAAAUAUUUUCAAGCUUCGAGUUUUAUACUUUAAAAGUACUCACAAAAUGUACUCUCUAUCAUUACCACAAUCAAUUCAGUCAUUGACGAAUAUUCGAUCUUUGUUGGUUGAAGGAGUGGAUUUAGGUGACAUCUCUAUUUUGGGAAAGCUGCCAAGUCUUGAGACUCUUGAUUUGGAUUUCUGCAAAAUCAAUGAAUUGCCAUUUGAAAUUACAAAAUUGGGGAAAUUUAAAUUGUUGUACUUGAAUAAUUGUGUAAUUCGAAGGAAUAAUCCAUUUGAAGUCAUUGAAAAAUGCUCAUCACUGGAAGAGUUGUAUUUCAAAAAGAGUUUUAACAAUUUUUGUCGAGAAAUAACCAUACCCGAGUUGCAAAAGUAUCAUAUUUAUAACGGCUUGGGUAUAAUGAAAUAUUCACAAUCAAAAUAUGUGAAUUUUUGUGCUAGUGAUGCAUCUGUUUUUUCAGAAGCAACGUUCAAGUAUUUCAUGCGAACAACAGAGUUUCUUCGACUAAUAGGAAUUAAGAUGGGAUGGAGAAAUCUCAUGCCUGAGAUUGUUCCUAUAGAUCUAGGUAUGAAUGAUCUUGUUGAGCUUCAUUUGAGUUCUAUUUCACAGUUACAGUGUCUCAUUAAAACUAUUGGUUCUCAAGUACCAAGUCUUUUGUCCAAGUUGGUUGUACUAAAAUUGGAUAAUAUGGAAAAUUUAGAAGAACUAUUCAAUGGUUCCUUAUCCUUUGACUCUUUGAAGAAUUUAGAGAGGCUAUCAAUGAUCCGGUGUAAAAAAUUUCAAAGAUUCUUUAAUUGCAAGCUAAAUCUCUGCAAUUUGAAGACCUUGAUACUAAAGCAAUGUCCAAUGUUGGUUUCCCUAUUUCCAUUGAUGUCUCAGAAUCUGGUGCAACUAGAGAAAUUGGAAAUAACUGAUUGUGAGGAACUGAAAAACAUAAUAGAUGUAAAAAGAGAGGAGGAAUCAAGUGAAGAAAUAGACGAUGGUGAUAAUGAUAACAAGAGGCAUGACUCGAUUUUUCCAAAACUAAAAGUUCUUGAUAUUGAGGGAUGUCACCGAUUAGAAUCGAUACUUCCCUUCCUCUCUUCUCAAGAUUUUCCAGUACUAGAAGGUAUCUCAAUAAAAAGAUGUGAUGGGCUGAAAUACAUAUUUAGCCAAUACCAACAUGUUGAACUUAAGUCUCUAAAACAAAUGGAGCUCUUUCAAUUACCAAGUUUCAUAGACAUUUUUCCGAAAUGCUAUGAUUCCAUGUCUUUGCUUGUGAAUGAGUCAUGUUCCACUUCCAGAGAUGGUUUCAAGGCACAAAUACAAUUGGACCCUAUCAAAUGCAAUAUCUUCUCUUGGCCUUUUAUAUGUUGUCGUGGUGAUAAAUUUGGGAGUUCGUCAACAACUAGAAUUCCAUUGGUUUCUGAGGAUCAACCACAGGACUACUCAAUCACAUUGGAAUUGAGCGUGAAACAUUUUAUUGAUUUGGAAAGUCUCAGGGUAGAUAACUCCAAAGCAGAAAAUUUAUUUUGUCUCAAUGAAAUGGAUGGACAACCAAUUAACUUAGGGUUGCAAAAGAUUCAGUUAUCUGAUAUGCAUGAUAUGAAGUACCUUUUCGGGGGACCCAAAAAUUCUUUUAUUCUAAAAAACCUUACAAAGAUAAUAAUCAUACGAUGUGAAAUAUUGAAAGUACUUUUCUCCACUUCUAUUUUAAGAUGCCUAUCAAAAUUAGUUUUUCUAAGAAUAGAAGAAUGCAAGGAGUUGAAACAUAUCAUUGAAGAUGACUUGCAGAAUCAAAACAUGUUGAAUUCCUUCCCAAAGCUAAAAGUACUUGUUGUAGUAAAGUGCUGCAAGUUGAAAUAUGUCCUUCCGGUCUCCAUAUGUCAAGAGUUUCUUGAGCUGGAGGCACUAGUAAUAAGAAAAGCAGUUGAAUUAGAGGAAAUAUUCAAAAGUGAAGGUGAUCAAAAAGUCAAGAUUCCAAAACUAAAUUUUAUAGUAUUUGACAAACUACCAAGCCUCUUCUUCACCCAAGGAAUUCAAUUUCAGACAACAAAAACUCGUUUUGUACGAAAUUGUCGAAAACUCUCUUCGUGUUUAGCAUCUACUCCCUACAACUUCAUUGAAAUUUAUCACUUUUUCGUAGAAAACACAGAUGAAGAAACACCUAAACAAGUAUUACAACAAUUACUAGAAGCGUCCGAUGGUAGCGAUAGUGGUAACGAAAGUCCAAGUGCAGAAACCACUGAAGAUUUUGAUGGUGGGAUUGAAGUUGAAGUGGCAUCACAGAUACAACUGAAACUCACACCAGAAGCAGAGCAUGAAUUUGUUGAAAAUGUUCCGGAUUUAGAGAUACCAUCAAUAGCAAUAUUACCUACAAAUUCAAAAGAGUUGGUGAAUGAAGAAUCAACGAAUCAACAGUGUUUGAUGAACCAACAACAUCCACUUGGAGAAAUUGAUACUACCACCAAACCUUCUCAAGGAAAUAAUUGUGUUGAAGAAGGAACUGCAUUAACAAAUGCCAACACAAUAACACCCUCAACUCAUUUAGAAUUAGUCACUUCAUCAAAGGAACAAGAUGUUGAUGUUAGAGACUCUUUGGGAACUACCAAGACUAAUGAUGAUCAAGGGAACCCUUCUCAAAUAGUGAAAGAUUUAAGUUCUCCUUCUCUUGUCAGACGGGAGCUUGAGGAACUGGUCUCCAAGAAGCAUUUGGAUUCCAAGAACUUGUCUUUGUUGACUGACUUUCUUGUUAAGCAUCCUUCAGUUCUUUUAAGGGCCACUUCACUUAGUAACCGAUACAAGGGUUAUGCAUACAAUUGCCUAGCUGAGCUAUUGAAAUUCCUCCAAACCAAUAGUGUGUUGGAUGUGUUAGGUUCAAGCCAAAAUGAAUUUGUUGAGUUAUUACAAGAUGUGCGCAGAUGUGCUUUUGAUAAGGAUUGGUUGGAUGGUGUCGAAAAGCGUGCUUUGACCUCAUCUGAAGCUGUUUUGGAGAGUAUCAUUCAAAAGGAGGCAGAAAUUUUAGAAACUAAGGCUGCUUUAAGUGCCCCUCUUGGCUAUUAGAAUAUUUUUCCUUUCAUUCUCUUUCGUUCUGUAUGCUGAGGAAAAUAUUGAUUGCUUUUACCGAAUUGAUGAAUUGAGUGGAUCAAUCAUGCUUGGUAAUGUGUGGCCUCUAAAGCUCAUAUAACCUUUCAUGAUAUUUGAUGUGUGGUGUGAAACUUGUUAGAAUUAGCCAUAACGAACACUUCAGAACUUGCUUACCUGUUUUCAUGAAUAUAUGAUGUUGUUUGUGUGAAAAACAUAUUGACAAUAA